CUUCUUCUUCUUUUUUUUUAAAAAAAACAUCCUUUGGAGUAGUAGGACGAUGGAUUUGAAGAAAGGAGUCUUAAAAUGCUUGGGAACGAUCUACCUCUGCUAUUAAGAGCAUGUUUUUUGUGUUGUUGUUGUUUUUUAAAAUUUCCUGGAGAAUGCAAUUCCCUUCAAGCCAUUUCAGGUUUCAACUUUCAGCAGAAAUAACAGAAGAAAAGAAGAAACGGUCAAAUCUCAAGGAUUGAUUGCUGACUUUUCCAAACAGCAAAGCAAUAAUAUUCUUGUACAGUUUCCUUUCUUGGCUAAGUUCAUUCCUUCUCUUUUCUUUUCUUUCUUUUUUUUUCUUGCAUAUGUGUGUGUUUUCUGGGAAAUGUUACAUUUAAUUGCCAAGUGCGUUCAGUUGACUGCUUAAAUUCCCAGCAGGGGGUUGCAACUACUGGUAUUUCCCCUUUAUUUCAAAAGCAUGGCUUAAUCCAAUAACCGAGGACAAGGGAGCUCAAUCCAGAUACCCAGAUAAAAUCUAAUUUUGCGAGGCGAGCUACUAGUCUCGGAUGGCCGCCUUGGACUCUUAAAAGAAAAUCAAGACUCCACAUUGAUUCCACUUCUUCCUAGGAAGUGGUCUUUCGUAAUAAUCAAGAUUUAUCCUCGUGCGGGAAGGGAAGGACUCUAAACAUCGGCCCAGCGUUUUGUGGGAUCAUAAUAAUAAUUUUUGCAGAGCAGCGGAAAGCAAUUUCUAUAAAAUAUCCAUGAGGGGCAAAGACUAAAAUUGCAGAUUUAAAGGGAGAUAGGUUGUUUUUUUUUUGUGUGUCCUGGAUAUUCGCUCUCUUUCACCAAGGCCACUCUUGGCUCUUGCAAAUAAUGUGACAGAUGUCUCCUCGGAGCCCACAGUGGGCUUGCUACGGCCUCGAGAUGCGACGUCUUUUCAGUGAUUAAUGUCAGAAUUACAUGGGUGACAAAUCUGAUGUGGUAAGGAAGCAGCGACGUUAGGUGAAAAUCAGAUCUGAUGUCAGGAAAAAGGAGGUGGGCUUCGUAUCAUCAUUUUUGCAUCCCUCCGUUCCUUCUUUUUCUUCGUGGCUCCGUCCCAGCCUCACACCCCCCCCCCAGCUUAAUCUUGAGUUCAAAAAUAGUAACCAGGUCUCGUUUUUUUCAACGGGAGAUUAUUUUCAACUAGAGAAGCUGGGAGAUUUAACCGUCUAAUGAGCUAGAAGACAAGGGGAACCUGCAGAUCUGGACCAGGCUGCCUUUCUUCUCCCUUUGGAUCAUCUUGGAGAAGCUGGACAUGCUUUAGAGGCCGCUGGGCCAAAGGGUGUGAAACUAGUUUUCUACUAACAGCUCCCGUUUUCUGCAAAGAAGAAGGAGGAGGAGGAGGAAGGAAAAAGAAGAAGGAGGGGGCACCAAAUUCAGGAGUGAUUAUUUUUUUAAAAACAACGACGACGACAACAAAACAAACUAAGAAACAAAUCCAGAGGCUGAAAUUGUCUUUUCAAACAUUAUUGGUCAAGGGACUCGCUUUGGAGGGAAGUGUGAGGCCCGUGUUCAAUUUUUUUCUUCUUUUUAGCCUCAAAUGUUCUUUUCCUUAAAGAAGGUGAAAAGAAGCACUUGUCUUGACAGCUUGGUGCUGCGUAGCCAUUAGCACCGUGUGGGAAUGAAAACUUAACUGUACUCAACCCUGUAACUUUUUAAGCCCUUCUUCACACACACACAUCCUUCUCCUCCUCCUCUCUUCUUCUUUUUCUUCUUCUUCUUCUCCUCCUCCUCCCCUUCCUCUGUGUUUCUCUCUCUCUCUCUCUCUCUCUCUCUCUCUCUCUCUCUCUCUCUCUCUCUCUCUCUCUCUCUCUCUCUCUUAUAUGUCCUACCCCGGCUGCCCUCGACUGGUCAGAUUUCAUUGCAAAAUGAAAAUUUGAUAGCUCUCUUGAUUGAUCGGGGAGAGUCACCUCUGGCUACCUUCAACAUCCCGAGACUGCUUAGCCGACAGAAGGAGAGGAUGAAGUGGAAGAAGACUUGACGGCUGAUCAGUUGGGAAAGUGGGGCGCUUGGGAGAGCCGCUCCCCAUGGCUAAGAUGGAAAGGUAGAGAAUGGCCCUCAUUGUCCUUUUCAGCUGGACCUCUCCAGGGUCAGUCUUCGGUGGGAAGCUUCCAUGCUGAGCCGGAGAACUUCCCCAAAGCCAGUCUCUGACUUGCUGACGAUUCCAGAAUCCCUUCUGCUUGGCUGCAUCUGCCAUGCUUCACCACGUGGCCAUCUUAUUGCAUUGUCUUCUUCUGGUCAUGGGACAGUAUGACAUCUGCAAAUCCUGGGUCACCACGGACAAUGGACCGAUGUGGGAGUUUUACGCUUGCCAGCCCAAAGCGAUGGCCAUGAAAGACUUUGCAACGGUCCGCGUGGAACCUUCCGGCAUCACCUGCGGGGAUCCUCCCGAGCGGUUUUGCACGCAUGAAAACCCGUACUUGUGCAGCGACGAGUGUGAUGCUUCCAAUCCAGACCUGGCCCAUCCUCCCAAGCUGAUGUUCGAUAAAGAAGAUGAAGGCCUGGCUACCUACUGGCAGAGCGUGACCUGGAGCCGUUAUCCCAAGCCUUUGUUGGCCAACAUCACCUUGUCUUGGAACAAGACCAUCGAGCUGACCGACGACGUCGUGUUGACUUUUGAGUACGGCCGUCCCACCAAGAUGAUCUUGGAGAAGUCCUUGGACAACGGGAGGACUUGGCACCCCUACCAGUACUACGCGGAUGAAUGUAACGAAGCUUUCGGCAUGCCGGCGCGGAAAGUGAGGGAGCUGUCCACCACCAACGUCAACAGAGUCAUCUGCACGGAGGAAUAUUCCCGUUGGGUGGGGUCCAAGAAAGAGAAGGACGUGAGAUUCGAGGUGAAGGACCGUUUCGCCAUUUUUGCCGGACCCGAACUUCGAAACAUGGACAAUCUUUACACCAGGCUGGAAAGCGCCAAGGGCCUGAAGGAUUUCUUCACCGUGACGGAUUUGAGGAUGCGGCUUUUGAAACCGGCGCUCGGCGGCACCUACGUCCAGAGAGAGAACUUGUACAAGUACUUCUACGCCAUCUCCAAUAUUGAAGUCACAGGCAGGUGUAAAUGUAAUCUCCAUGCCAACCAGUGCAUUUUCAAGGAAGGAAGUCUCCAGUGUGAAUGUGAACAUAACACAACGGGACAGGACUGUGGCAGAUGUAAGAAGAAUUUCCGCAGCAAGUCUUGGAGAGCUGGAUCCUACCUUCCCCGUCCCAACGGGUCUCCUAACGUGUGUGCGGCUCCAAAUUUUGGCACAAAGGAGACGCCCAAGCCAGUAACUAACCGUCCAAUUAUCGUCCUUACAACUAGCAUUUCCAAAACCACGAUUAGUACCACCUACGCCACGGAAUCCUCUUGGGUGCCCACCGCUCCCCUCAUUACAACGCAGCAACCAGAAAGGACCAGUUCUUCUGGGGUGGCCUCCUUGGAAGAUAACGUCACCCCAGCCAAGAUCGACGUGGACCCAGAAGUUUUGCCCGAGACUUCCAGAGGCAUCGAGGUCAAACCUGAAUCGGAUGUCCGGAUCUCUAUUGAAACGUUUCCAGACUGUGAAUGUUACGGACACUCCAAUCGGUGCAGCUUCAUCGAUUUCCUGAACUUGGUGACUUGCAUUAGUUGCAAGCAUAACACCCGGGGACAGCACUGCCAGUAUUGUCGGCUUGGCUACUUCCGAAAUAGCUCGGCCGAGCUGGACGAUGAGAACGUGUGUGUAGAUUGCAACUGCAACCGAGUUGGCUCGCUGGCUAACCGUUGCAAUGAGACCGGCUAUUGCGAAUGCAAAGAUGCGGGCGUGACAGGGCCGAAAUGCGACGAUUGUCUGCCCGGCUACUACUGGAGGCAAGGUUGCUUACCGAACGUCUGCGACGACGAACUCCUGAUUUGCCAAAACGGAGGCACGUGUUACGAGAACCAGCGGUGUCUCUGCCCGCCGGGUACCAAGGGCAUCCUGUGCGAACAAACCAAGUGCGAAGGGGAGGACACAGAGUGCGACUCGGUCUCCAGGACGUAUCUCAGCCUUUCAGUUUUCUUGGCCAGCGUGGUGAGCCUACACAUGCAACAACUCUUGGACCUCUGAAGGAGGAGGAGGAAGGUGCUCCAUCAAAAUCCCACGCAAAGGCUCGAGCGGAAGCGAGAAAGGAUUGGGACAGCCCGAAAAUGUUGCGAGCUCAGAAAAAAAAAAAACCAUCCUCCAGCCGGAGCUGGUGUCUCUUGGUCCUUGUUGGCCAAGCGUUGAAGGAUUCAACAGAAGUUCCUGCUCCUCACAGAGAUCUUUGGUUGGACAUCAGUUGAAGGAACAUACAGAGAUACCUGUUAUGGGGUCCACCAAGCCAGGAAAGGACACCUCAAGAGGACUUGGGGGGAAAUUGUAAAGUGUUUGCAAUUUUUCCAACUAUCUUCCCGAGGGGGAAAUUGUCCAGAGCUCUCCUUUGCACAGGGGUAGCUUCCCCCCCCCAAAAAAAGGGGGAGGGUUCGGGGGCAAAAUGUCUUCGAUUAUCUUGCAUUUAUGUUGCACUGCUCUUUCCCUUCCAAAUUCUCUUCUUCCUUCCAGCCCAGUUUUUUUAGGAAGAUGUUUAGGAAAUCGGCUAAAUGGAGGCUGGCAGGUACAAAAUUGGAGAAGAAGGAACUUUAGGGGGGGGGCUUAUUUUGCUCAGGCCUCCAAGGAUAACGUGGCCUAAAAGAAAUCAAGUUGCUGAAUUUAUUAAGUUUUCCUUUUUUUUUUUCUUUUUCUAUUUGGACUUGUUUUCCGUUUUUUACUCUUUGGUUAAGUCUUCAGCUUUCAACACUGGUUUUUUAUUACGCCAAAAAUACAUCACACUCCUCCGGGCUUUGCCGAACAGAUUGCCAUUCAAUUCUUUUCUUCUUCUUUUUUUCUUUCUUUUUGGUAGAGAAUUAUAUUUGUUGGAAUGAUCAAGAGUGGGGGAAGGGGAGAUUUAAAAAAAAAAACUAUCAGGUGAACUACUACAGCCUUUAGAGAGAGAGAAAAAAAAACAUUUUACCUGAAAUAUUAUGGUGUUAUAAUCCAUUACAUAAAAGCAACUUAUUAAUUGCU